AUGAUUCAUGAAAAAUUCGAAUCUGCUUGUCAUCAUUUAGAACAAAAACUAUGUAUUCCAUCAGAUUCAAGUCAAGAAAAAUAUGAUUUUCUACACAUUCCAUUGAAAGAUUUAUCUAUACAGAAAAAUCUUUUAGGUACCGGAGGAUUUGCUCAUGUGUACAAAGGUAUUUGGUUCACAUACUAUGAUCAAGUCGCAAUCAAAGUUUUACGGAUCAAUGAUCUAUUAGACAAUUCAGAGUCACAAAUUCAAUCUGAUUUCUAUCAAGAAAUAUCUACUUUGUAUAAAACACAUUAUGAACAUGUUGUUACAGUUCUCGGAGCAUGUAUUGAGCCAAUUUUUUAUGCAAUCAUUAUGAGAUAUAUGCCUCUGAGUUCACUAUAUGAUGUUUUACAUAAAACAAAGCCAGAUAUCACAUUAUCUUGGUUGGAUCGAUAUUCUUUUACUUGGCAAAUGACUAAAUCAAUAAAUUAUUCACAUAAUCUCAAUCCAUCUAUCAUUCAUCGUGAUAUAAAAUCAAUGAUUUUUAAUGCAACUCAAUGCAUCGGAACAACAUAG